AUGGGCGGCAAAGGAGGCGAUGGCGGUGGCAAAGGAGGCGGUGGCGGUGGUGGAGGAGGUGGUGAUGGAGCAGCUGGCAAAGGAGGUGGCGGAGGUGGCUCCUCAAAGGGUGGUGGCAGCGGUGGCAUGAUGGUUGCUCCGGGCAGUGGAGGAGGAGCCCAUAUCUCAAGGGACACUUUUGAGAGCAACCCACAAGGCUAUUUUUCUGGGGGCGGCAAAGGAGGCGGUGGCGGAGGAGGAGGCAAAGGAGGCGGUGGCGGUGGUGGAGGAGGUGGAAAAGGAGGUGGUGGCGGAGGAGCUGGCAAAGGAGGUGGCGGAGGUGGCUCCUCCUCAAAGGGUGGUGGCAGCGGUGGCAUGAUGGUUGCUCCGGGCAGUGGAGGAGGAGCCCAUAUCUCAAGGGGCACUUUUGAGAGCAACCCACAGGGCUAUUUUUCGGGUCUGCACUCCACUGGAAAAGGAACCAAAUAGAUUUGA